AUGGCGACGAAAGGAAAAGUGUUUUGGCACUGUGGAUGGAGGGUGGUAGCAGCACAUAGGCAUUCAAAGGGAUUAAACAUGUCGAUGAGGAUUUUGCUCUUUCACAGCGAUGACGACGACUUCUGCUUCGAGGAAGAAAAGCCAGCACUUGACCUUACGCACCAGAAGCCGAGAGAUUUACCUUAG